GCACGUGACUGAAUUAUCAAAAGAUUUUCGAAUAUAUAAAAAAAUGAACACUGUGCAAGGUUUCUGUGAUUUCAAUAUCCCAUGCCCAUGCAGUCCUUCUACAACACUUAAAGAAGUCGUGUUGAGAGCUGUCAAACUUGGUUACAGUGCCAUAGCUAUCAACACAACAAUAGAAGAAGAUGUUUUAAUCAACACCAAGAAAAAAGGGAACAAGAAAAAUGAAGUAAAGGAAGAGAAAAAAGAUGUUCCACCUCCUCUAAAACUUAAAUUCACUGAAGAAGAGUUGAACUUAUUUAAAGUCCAUGGGAAGAAUGUUAAAAUCUUACAUCGAUUGACUGUCAUGCUCAGUGACCCUGUGAAUACACAGAAACUAAUCCAAUCAGGGAAUACUAAAAAAUAUGAUUUGAUAGCUGUCUGCCCAACAACUACGGCUGCUUUUCUACAUGCAGCAGCCAACAUGGAUAUAGACAUAAUCACCUACCAUCCGACUGAAACCAAAGAAUUGCUGAGAUUCACCAGAAAACAUUAUCGUCAAGCUACUGACAGAGGAAUAUUUUUUGAGAUUCCCUAUUCACAUAUGCUUAGAGAUUCAUCAAAUAGGAAAAAGAUUAUCCAGAUUUCACAUUUGUACCAUACAGUUGGCAAAUCCCGGAACGUCAUAAUCAGUAGUGGAGCUCUUACACCAUUAGAACUUCGCAAUCCCUACGACGUAGCUAAUUUAGGAUUACUUCUUGGAUUAAGUGAAGGAGAAGCUAGAUCUGCUUUAAAUUUGAGUGGACGAUCCGUUGCACUUCAUGCUGUGACUCGAAAAACAGGAAAAUGUGUCAGCUUUGUUGCUGAAACUGACAAGUUAGAUCCAGAGGAACAAUGGAAAGCUAAGGAAAUAACUGAUGCGGAAGAAAGACUUGCGGGAGAACCAGAGCCCAAAAAGAUGAAAAUGGAAACUGCAUAAUUUAAUAGUCAAAAACGAAAUUCGACAACAUCUUGCACUUACUUGUAUUCCAUUUUGAUCAAUAGAUUAUGGCUGAACUACA